ACCCACAGCCACCUGCUGCAUGCAACAUGCCUGUUUUAGAAGACAAUUCUGGGCUUCCAUUGUGACAUUACUUUAUCUGCUGUCCCUCGCAAGUUCUUCCCCAGUCCAGAGCAGAGCAUCUCAUUCAAAAGUUGCAAAAGAUAAUAAAGGUCAAAGAUUCAACAUGAAACCAGCUGCUCAUUUUGAAGCUGAUCCCUUUGUCAGGAAUAAUCUCCUCUGGACAAAUGACACUGACAACGGAAUCAACCAGGGACAACUGUCACUAAUAGACAACAAAGUCUACAUACCCAGUGAUGGUUUCUACUACAUAUAUACCCAGGCCACCUUCUCUGGACACAGCUGUCCCCAACUCAUGCAAAUUUUACUGUCACAUGUUGUGCUUCUUCAACAUGACCCAGAAGACGAUGACAAAAUCCUUCUCAGUGCCCAGAAGACAGCAUGCGUAGAAGGGGCCACAACGACGUCCAGCUGGAGGAGAUCUAUAUUCCAAGGAGGGGUAUUUAAACUCAAGAAGGGGAACUUGGUCUAUACCAAUACAACGAAAGAAAAGAACCUGAAUCUGGAGCCUGGACAGACAUACUUUGGAAUCUAUGCUCUGUGAAACAGCAUUUGCCAAUAAUUAGUGGCUAUUGAAAAAUGCGUAUAUGCAUAGGUGUGCAAAUUAGUACAUGUAUGUGCACACUCAGAUGACAACAUUUCAGAUCCUAUUCCGUGCAUUCUUCUAAAGAGCUCUAUUAUAUGACUCUGCCUGUUUGCAUGUAAUACAGGGCAUUCAAGAGCUAUUUUUAUAAAUGAUCCCUAUAAAACCAAAAGGAUAAAUUGUGUAGGAUCACUUGAGUAAUACUCCCCUAAGUCAAGUUUUUUUUUUUUUUAAAGAUGACACUGAUUUAAACCUAAAAACGCUAUAAAAUGCUAAACAUGAUUGUAGAUUUUUUUUUAUAAGCUGGAGGUGGGGGUGGGAAUAAAAGUAUUGAGUAAAAUAUUUAUUAUUUUUUUAAAUGCAUUAUUUAUUAUUCACUAUCCACAAACACUCUGUAAAUCUCUAAUUAUAUGUGUGGAUGCAUGGUAUACAAU